CUCUACCAGAUGGAAAAACCAAACAUAUACAGCUAAUCUUUUUUGACAGCAGCUUACAGAAGAUAAAAAUGUUAUUUGUUAACAAUUUUUUUGUAAAUAUCUGUUAAAUGUGUAUAUGUAGAAUGUGAUCAGAAUGGGUGGUUGUAUUGGUAUAACUAGAAGCGGUAGUGGGCCCAUCGAGGAGUCUUCGGGGACAGUUUCACGGCCUAAUUCUGGCGGACUAAGGAAGAACCAAUCUUUGUGCCAUGAGACAAUCAGAUGGAAAUCCGACGUGCCUCUGACGGAAGGUCAGUUACGCAGCAAGAGAGACGAGUUUUGGGACACUGCGCCGGCUUUUGAAGGUCGAAAAGAGAUCUGGGAUGCGCUGCGGGCGGCGGCGGUGGCCGCCGAGGCGAUGGACUUUCAGCUCGCGCAAGCCAUACUCGACGGCGCGAGUGUGUCCGUCCCCAAUGGCUACCUCACAGAAUGCUAUGAUGAAUGGGGCACCAGGUAUCAGGUGCCAAUCUACUGCCUGUCGCCUCCCAUCAACAUGGUGAAGGAGGCGAGCGGGCGCGACUCGCCGGCGGAGUGGUCGGAGCCGGUGGACGGCGGCGCGGAGCUGUCGCUGCGGCUGCGGCUCUCCAGCACCUGCAAGGAUGUGGACCUCGCCGUCUACUCCAAGCACACUGUCGCGCAGUGCAAGAAUAAGUUACAUGCUCAAGAGAACAUCGAACCAUGGCGUCAGCGGUGGUUCUACGGCGGGAAACUCCUCGGAGACCGACUACUGGUGGAAGAGGCCAAGAUCACUCCUGGCUACGUGGUGCAAGUGAUCGUGAGUACGGACCCUCAGCCGCCCAGCUAGUCGACGCGCGACAUACGAGGGACGAGCGAGUCCGCGUGAUCUGUGUUUAUAUAACCGCGGCGGGCUGUCGAUUUGGAAAUACACCGUUUUUUUGAUGCUAUGAGUGUAGAUUUACCGUGCCCCAGAGACUAAAAAAAAUGUCUUGUCCUAAUUGCAGAUUUGAUUAUUUUGGUUUAGGUAAUUAUUAGUAGUACACUCUGGUGGAAAAGGACCUUCUGACCCCCCAAUAUGCCUGUGCAACUGAUGCUAAAUUUGUUGAAAUUAAAACUGCGGGAUAACUCAUUUCAAAUUGUAUUUGUAUCUAUUUUGUUACAAUAUUUUCAAGUGUAACGUAAUCGCGUGCGCAUUUUUUCCUCGUUCUAAAUCCGCAUGACAAUAAAAUGUUAGAUCAUUUGUAGGUUAUUAUUUCCUGGUGUCGACUUAUCUUGUGUAAUACACGUUUUUAUUGUAAUAAUCGUAGAUUGUGGUAUCUACAGGCUGGAAUUGAUAUAAUAUUCCAUAUUUUAUGUAUUUCUGGUGGAAUUCACAUCGACUGCUCGCUCGUCUCCUAGAUGGCGUUAAUUGUGCUUCGAGAUCUACCCUCAUUGUUAAUUCGCAAGCCUUUAUUAUCUACGGCUUGACGCUUACAGCGACGAAUGUCAUCGUAAAUGACCGUAAUUGUGAGUAUAAAAGUUUUAAAAACCGUUUUGAGAUGAUAUAUCAACAAAUUUAUUCCGCAAAGAACAGUGCGUUAAUAAAUUAUUGUUUCCCUGAUUAUUUGGUUUAUUAACACGCGGCAUGGCCAUUUAUGAAGGUAUAGUAAAUGAGCUAAUUUGUUAACUCGGUAGUCUGAAUGCAACCACAAUCACUUUCCGUUAUCUUCUUCGUCCUAUGGAAACAAUAUUUUGAAGUCCAGGUACUGCCUCAUUUCGAUGCUACACAUAAAAAAAUAUGUUCUCGAAUUGAGUCGGAGCGAACAAAUCAAACGAUUUAAUAAUUGAUUAACGAUUGCUGGCGGGAGCCGCCCGCCGCCAUUAUCGGUUAUUACCUAUUUCCGUUCUCUGUUCACUGCACUCCAUUGAUUUCAGCCCGCAAUUAUUGGUAAUAUGUUGCGAGUCGAGUGCUUUCAAGGUGACCUAAUACUGACUUUUACCAUAAUAGUUAUUCGUGUGUUGGAGAUCGAUAAAAACAAAAUACUCCAAGUUGUAAUCAAAAUUUAGGAUUAAACUAUUUGUUACACCGUUCACAAGGCAAUUUACGAAAAUCAACGUAUCAAGUACAUAAAAACUAAAAAUAUUGUGUAGGUACUGAGAAAAUAGCAAUACUGGCACCGAGUUAUAUGUCUUAUAUUAUGUUUUAUCACCAAAUAGCUGUUUUGGAUUUUUGUGAAAAUUGAAAGUUAGUUGAUCGCUCAUUACACAGAAUAGGCCAAUGUAUGCAUUUAUUAAAACGUAAUAUCAAACUGUAGGACCGAAUUAAAAAACCCAAAAAAAUCUACGUCCAUAGGCGACGGUGACUUACCAUCAGGUAAACCAUUGCCUCGUCUGCCUAUGAAGGUAUUAAAAAAAAAUCCUGUUGCAUUCAUAAACAUACAAUCAUGGUGAUAUUGUUAAAACUGACCAGACCGUCGUAUCUGGGUUCAUUUAUCAUCCUUUUGUUCGUGUAUCGGUCUCCGCGAUGACACACCGCUGACGCACGCAUCAUUCAUUCCGAUCACAAUUCCAGUCGGUCCGUGUGUCCGAAAAAGGAAUCCGUCGACAUGAACCUUGUCACGUCUGCUUAUUUUUGUCGCAGGCCCAUUUUGAAGGUGGCAAUGUACUCGAUGGUAUUGUGGGUGCUUAAAUAUCGGGAGUCAAGGAUUUUCCUUCGAUUCGUCGAAAAACUCGUACUUUGCGGAAUAUUCCGAUCUUAAUUCUUAGUAUAAGAAAGUUUUCGUUUUUUGAAAUAUGACAUCCAUUACAAAGAAAGCGUGCUCGGGUCGAUUAGGCAGUGUCUAAAAACUUGGCUUACAUAGUAACUAGUCAAGAAUCACAAAUAAAUUAACAAUAUCUCUAAAAUUACAUAACCUUCAUAUGUGGCUUGUAUUUUGCCGAAAUAUCUUAAUUUACAUUUAAUUAUUUUUUUAACGUCUUAUGGGUCUGGCAGUGUACAAUGCUUGUAAGCCCCAUGACGUACUGAGUUCAGUUCCCAAAACAGACAACCAAAAAUUUGGACUGAUAAGAUUCAAAAACACACGCGUGGGUUGCUCAGUAUUCGAAAGUAUGUUCUAUCCCUUUUUGUCUUUGAAUUUCAUAUAUGUUUAACCUCAAAAAAAUCUCCAAAAAUGUCUAAAUGUAUUUAUAUUUGUUGAAUAUUCAUAUAUAAAUUGUAAAUCGCAUAUUUACUAGAAGUAAUGUAGCAAAAUUACGUUUACCUCCAUUUGUAUUGCUUUUUAAAUAAAUCAUAUUUUAUUGACUAAUAAAUAAUUAGUUAAUAUUUUAUAAAGGUUAUAUAAACACAGACCAUCAGCUUGAAUCGUCAAGCAUAAUCCAAGAUUGAGUAAAAUUAUCUUAAAAUGUGUACGAUAGUGAAACGAAUCAAUAUAGUAGGCAUUGUAUAAUAAAUUUUACUAGGAAUCAAUCGGGGUGUUCACUGACCAACUGAUUGUGUUUGAAUUCAAUUAGGAACCAUAUGAAUGUGUUCUUUACUAAUAAAAUCGAUUAGAAGUUGUAUUGGAGGCUAGUUUCUGUUAAAACGAAAAAUGCCUUGUAUCUGAAAUAGUCAAACUAUGUUUGUUGGUGAGCGAACAUGUCGCUUUACACAGUGAUUAUGCGCCGCACCGUGCAGUUCGAGUGUUUCCGUACGUUUUGAAUGUGUUUACGGGUUUCGAUGUUGUUUAGGAUGUGACGUCACCUUUGAUGUGUUGCUGUUGUGAUUUUCACCAUCGGUUAAGGUGUCGUCCACAAAUUAUGCUUUUACUUUUCCGCACGUCAGUGUGGAUUUAAUGUCUCGAUAAUACCUCGCGUGGUAUGUGGACUGCACCUAAUCGUCACAAAUUAUGCUUUUACUGUAGUAAAAAAAUGUAAAAGUGAAAAAUGCUGACUGGACGGUAAUGUAGUUUAAUAAAUAAUCACUGAAAUUAUUACUCGUAAUAUAGAGAUUUUUUUAAAUUAUUUUAUUGUGGAAACACAGUUUUUCCUUUUUUUAACGAAUAUAUUCGGAAAUUUAUAAUUUAAAUAUAACCCCUUCAAUCCAUCCACCUACAUAAACCAAAUGUAAACAAGAAGCUAUUUUCACAAUUUCUUUUCUAUAACUGAAAAGAGCACGUUGUUUCUAGCUUUCUCCGUAAAUUACAAAACAAAAUAGGUAUAUUUUAAAUAAAGGACCAUUUAAUAGAGAAUCCUUAAAAAUCCUCGACUGUAUUUCCACAAUAAAACCCAAAUAAAUAUAACAAUAUAAUAUUGGAUUUGUGAACAUCACUAUUAUAGAUUUUUAUAUUUUUUAGUUUUAUAAAUAAUUCUCGGUUUAUUUAUUUAGAGUUGUCGAAACGUGUUAUAUACAUUUGAUUUCCGUAGUUUUUUAGUAUAUAAUAUAUAUUCGCUAGUAUUGUGAAAUAUAAAUGGCUGAUAAAAUAUAUAAAGAAAUAUUAAAUAUAUGGAUCCUUAAGGUUGUGUUGAUUUUGAAAGGUUAGCUCAUUUAUUAAUUGUAAAAUAUUAUACAAGUGACAUAGUAUGUGGAUGUUACCGAUACACAAAUAUAUGAAUAUAAGCUUUAAAUUAUUAUCGAUUCGAAAUCACGUGGUAUUUUUGUCAAUUUGAGUUGUAGAAAUUCGAGACAAUUUUUUUUUGCUUAUAGUCGCUAUAGGUUUCCACACUGUCCAGGGAAGUCGGGGCAGUUAUUGAACAGCGGUAGAAACCAGGGUAACGAAAGUCAAAAUAUUGUAUUUAUAAAUAAUUCGAUGACAAAACUGCCACGAGACAUCAUUUAAGCAAUUAUUGAAUGAAAUAAAUUCAUAUCAGCCAUUUGCGUAUGUACAUUUAUAAAGCGACUGCCAUUAUUGUGAUGUGAGAGUUCUCGUAAUAAUUAUUGUAAUAAUAUAUUAUCAUUUUCGAACGCUAGACCUAAUGUUUCGCAUAAUAAAACAAUGAAUGAGUUUUUUUUCCAAUAUGUAAAGUAUAUCUCGAGGUGUUAUAUGGAAGGAUUAAAUAUAUAAGAAUAUAAUAUAUUUUAUAGAAAAUUAUAUUGGCAGCAUUGGUGAUUAGAAUAUUAGUUAAAAUAUUUUAAUGAUGAAGUAUUCUCAAAAUACAUCAUAUAAUUGAUAAUUUUUGUUUCAUGCUUGGCAGAAUGCUGCAAAUUGUGUAAACCCACAAGAAUCGUACUCAAAGAACAUAAUAUUUGGUAUGAAGCCUAUUUCAGUUCAGUUUAUUUUCACAUGGUACCUCGAGAUAUUCGUGUUGUAUGUUUUCUAAAGUUUCACAAUGUAUCGUGUUUUCUAUGACAAUUUAUAUUUGUUUAUUUACACAAACAUUAGAUGUAUGUUUAGUUAUCUCGCGCUGCGAACCGCAUCAAUAAACUAUUGGGUAAUUUUAAUUUCAAAAUUGUUGUGGAAAAGCAGGUUUUUUUUUAUUUUUUCAGUAAAAAAAAUCCCAUUCACGAUAAAUUGUAUGGAAUGUGUGUGUUAAAACUCAAUACUCAAAGAUAUCCGAUACAAUAACGUAAUCGCUAGACGCCCAUAUGAAGUACUUAGGUUAUCGAUAAAUUAUCAAAUUUUAUGUAAAGUAUAAAGGAAAUUUGAAAUAUUGUAACUUUAUUGUUCUAAUCUAAGGUGAUGGCCUACAUUUUCCUUUAAUAUUUUUAUGUGCUUCUUGUUUUAUAAGUCGAUAGAUUCGAAUGUCUCGAUUAUUUUAAUCGAUUUCGCAAACAGUAAUGUGCAAUUUUUUUUACCGAAAAAGUUAUUUAUCUGUAUUUUUUUUAUUAUGUUAAUCGAUUUAUGCAUCCAGUCCUGUUUUCACAACAGCUUUUGAUAAGUUGUCAGGGCAGUUAGAGAAGUUCGUUCGACCCGAUCGGAAAAGAAUGUCUCUUUGUAUCUUUUUUAAACAUUUCUAUAUCUAUCGACAAAACAUUUAAAGUUUCAAUUCGUUUAAAUUUGUUUUCUCCUGUUUCUAUUUUCGUUGUGUUACCUGUUUUUUUUUUUUACAUUUAGUGUCGAUCGGCCAUUUUAUUAUAAACAAAUAAUUAGACGGUCUAGUUAAUAUUUCAAAAUAUUAUGUAAGAUUUAAAAAUACUAACUUUUAGGUAAAGAUAUUAGUGUUUAUAAAUUAUAGUUAAUUUUGGGAAGAGGCUUAUAACCGUAUACCUACUUACUUCACUCUGUAUAAUUUUAUUAUUAAUCCAGAAAGAAAUCUUUCUAUGCUCACUGAUCUAUAUCGAUAAAUUGAUUUUAUAUCAAUAAAAAAGGUAAAAGUAAUUAUUGUUAAUUUAUCGAUAUCGAUACAAAUCAGCAGACAUUUUACUCCGAAUAUCGAUUAGUUGCUUAUGUUAUAAUGUUUUUUUAUAAUAAAUUUUUUAGGUCUGUCACUUAAAAAUUAAAAUUUAAGUGUAUAAUUCGAUGUUAAUUUUGAGAUUAUUCAUACAUAUCCUACAGGAAUAAAUAAUUCUGUACAGUUUACUACAUAAUGGAAAAAGUGUAACUUUCUUGGCAAAUUAGUUCAAAUUGUGGUCGACUGUACAUGUUUCAGUCAAUAUAUUACGAUGGAAUUAUUUAUGGUGCUAAGAAUACACUGUACUGUUAUAUUACAGGCCUGUUUCAUGGAUUUUAAAUGUAUAAAAUACGUUCAGAUGUAUUUUAAACAAUAUCGAAAAAUGUAUACCACCCAAGUCUUAUAUUAUAAAAAAAAUAAUAAAACGUUUGUGAUUUAACGCUAAUAGAAAAACUACAUAAAUUUUGUAGCAGAUACUGCUCUCUAAUUUACCAAUUAUUAUCGAUAUAUAUCGAUUUAAAGUUUAGUGAUAUUUUUAUUUUAUAUUUUUUGUUUAUGAUUCACUAAGCAUCAGUUAAGGGUUAUUUACGAAACAUUUUUCGAGUGGAGAUAAUGAGACAUCUUCAAUACAUUUAUUUUCCAUGAAAGAGGUUGUAAUAUAGUGCCGACGCUUAUGGAUACUCUUUUACAAUAGAAUCGUUGUGACUAACAGAUACGGGUAAUGUCCAAAACUUUUAUUUUCACAAAAAGAAUUUAUAUUACAGCGCUUAAGGUGUAUUUCUCUCUACGACCUAUUUCGAUGUACGCAGUAUUACCUGGCACUAUGGAUGGCCAAAAUACUAAGCAAUAUUCUAUCGAGAAAAUCUAUUUGAGGGUAGCCCCCGGCAGUAUAUCGAGUUUUAAGUCAUCCAAAACGUCGACAAAUAUCGCUUAUAUUUUAACACGGCCUUAUUAGAAUGAAACUUAUAUAUACAGUUUGUAUCUUAAAAAACUUGAAUACUAUUCUGUUAUGAAAUGGAAUUAAUUUCGAGUUAUUAUCGAUGGUUUGAUUUAUUUAUAGCCAUCACUAGUGGAUUAUAGUUUUCUAUAAGCGGAUGUAUUUUUGUUAGAAUGUUCGGUCACGAUUCCGUUGUAUACAGGGCGAUUCGAAAUUAAUCUGAAUUGAAAAGGAAAGUGUGUGAUUAAAAUUAUUGGGAUGUGAGAAUGUUUGGGACCAGAUUAUUUUCAAAUAUCCUUGUACUGUUAAAUUGUUCGACAGAAAUGUAACACGAUGCCUGCAUACAUGUAUAAAUCACCGCGUGUAACCGAAGGCUAAUCGUACUGAAUAUUAUAUUAGACCCGAUUUCUUGAGGAUUACUUACUAGUAUUAACAUAUCCAAAAUAUAUUGAAGUUAUUUAUAGCGUCUUGGGGCCACUUGCACCAAUAAAAUGAAAUGAAGUACUCUAUCUAAUCAAUGUUCUAGGUGGCAUCACUGUUUAUCGAUUUGCGAGAGUUUUAUCAAAAAAAUAAUGUUCGUUUCGGUAUUCGGUAGUAUAUUAAAAAACUGUCAUGUUGUCGACUUUUGUUGAAGUGCAAAUCGACAUCUGGACCUUUUCAAAAUUUGAUUAAACGUAACGGGUGCAAGUGGCUUUACCAUUUGAUUUGGAACAUGUUGCGCCAUUAAUCCGUCGACAAGUCGGGUCGCCAGUACUGUCUCGACUGUACGAGACGUACGGUAAGCAUUGCAAUUGCCCCAGUGCAUGUGUCAUAGGCUGAUUUUAAUAAUUCACGACAAAUCGACACUUAACGCUUAAUAAUUUCUACGUUCCUAUGUAUAUCGAUACUGUAGAUAAGGCUUUCGUUCACUAGCGUUUGCAGUUUGACAACCAUAUUAUAUGUCACUUUUAUGUGUCAGUGUCACAUGUUUGCCACAUAAUAUAAAGGUGAAUGCUCACAAGUAGAACGCGGUGUCGAUUUAUCGUGAAUGCCAUACAGUUUUGUAAAUAUUAUGAACCAACAGUUUUUCAGUGUGUAAGCAAUAUUAGCAUUUUAAAAAUUUUCAAAUAAAAUCACUUUGUGAAUAACAUA